AGAUGAUUCAUUGUGACUGUGACCAUUCAGUUCAUCAUGAUCAGAAGGGCACUGAUAGCUCGUAGAAAAGAGAAAGAGAGAGACAGUCUAAGAUACACUAGGGAAGGAGGAGAUGAAGAUGAAUUGGUCGAUGUAGAAGAUAAGUAUGAAGCCAUUGGCAUUGAAGAAGCAGAAAAAUUAUCUGCCUGUGAUGAAAAGAAUGAGGAUACUCUUUCUACAUUAGAGAAAGUAUGGGAUGAAGCAGAUAAAGUGGUAUAUGAGCAACAAAUGGAACACCUUCAUGAUCAACUGACAGCAGCACUCAUUGAUAACCAAGAACUUAAAAUGAAACUUAAAUCAAUGGAGAGUGGGGAGGCAAAGAGUCAGGAAGCAACUGCCACCAAAACUAAAAAAUAUGGUUCUUACAGAGGGAGGGACUUGUCAACGUCAACUACCAGAGAAGGUUUUGAGAGUGUCUCAUCUCAACCAACCAUACCCACUGACAUUACUUCUUCCAGACCGUCAAGGUAUGUAAGAUGGUGGGAUAGAAUCAAAGACAAUUUAUUUGGGAUAUUGUAUGACUUUACUGACGACUCACAAACCGAAGAAGAAGAAGCACAAGAGGCUCCAUUGCAAUAUAAACUAUUAAGAGAAAACCUGCAGAGAUUAAGAGUAUCCAGUAAACCUUAUCUAGAUCUUCUUGACACGUUGAUUGCCAUAAAGGAUUGGAAGAACCCAUCACUAACCCUGGUCAUAUUUUUACUGUACAUGUAUUGUGUAUGGAAUGGCUGGUUAAUCCAAUGUCUCCUACUACUCGCUAUCAUUUAUUUAUCUCUAAACUAUCUUCGUACAACUGGCCUCACGGGACAGUUUGGUUUUGGGUCUCAUCCAGCAAGAGGAAGUGAGGAUGAUAGUCAUCAUGGUACUUCUGAAACACUUCGUGAUAAGUUUCAGCUAAUGAAACACAUUGGACAGAGAAUUCAAAAUACAUCAGAAACUGUUUCUGAUAAUCUUGAGAAAGGACAAAAUUUGUUGGAGUGGUAUCAGCCUCAGUCAACUCGUAAGGUGUACACAAUGCUGUGUGGAGCUUUCAUAGCAACACUGUUCAUACCUAAUGACUAUUCGAUGACAAUAGCAGGUUUAGGUAUUGGUUUCAAUUUGUUCAUAAGGGAUAAUAUUUAUAGAAAGUAUCCAAAUGUGAAAAAUAAAUAUGAUGGCUUCGCACGAAUGUGGAGGUCAUUACCAACUCACAAAGAUAUCAUAACCCUCCAGUCAAUGACUGAAGAUGAAAUACGUGAGCACUGUGAAAGUGGCAGUGAAUUGUCUUCUCUAACAAGCUCCUCUUCUACUAUCUCAAUUAGGGACACCUCAUUUUGUGAAAGAUUUCAAUUAUCAUUUGAAGAGACACCACUUGAAAGUUGGAGGUCAGGUAAAAGGUGCACACUGUUGGAAAAGGAUCGGCCACUCACUGGUUCCAAGCAAGGACGCAUAUUCCUUACACACAGCUUUUUAUGUUUUGAGAGGUCACCGAGACCUAAUGACAGUGCUGAUAGGUUUACCAUUUCUUUGGGUGAUAUUAGCAAGAUAUGCAAAGCUAAACCUUUUGCAGUUCUACCAGGCAGUGGCAUGUCAAUUGAAGUAACAGUCAAAGGCAGAGAAAAACCAUAUUUAUUUGGUGCUAUACUCCAUCAUGAUCAAGCCUACCUCUCCAUAUGCGAUCAAGCUAUGAUCAUCGGUCUCCCUUGGGGCAGCGACCUUGACUCGAGUGAGAGACAAACCUUUUCGACUCUUUCUGCAAGAGACCCCUCACCUUCAUGGGAGAGAAGUGGAGGAAACACGUCACUGGAAGAGUGCUGGAGAUGAUAAUGCAAUGACUAUUGGUGCCCACAUGUGAUAUGCUGCACUAAAGUAUUACAAAUUGUGUCGUCAUAUAACAAUUAGAUGCUCAUUAUAAUAUAUAGUUGAGUGUUUUAUUUUUAGCAUUAUAUUCUUCUUCUAAUAAAAAAACAUUUACAACAAUGACAAUGUUACAAA